CUUAAACCUUGUCAGAGAGUUGGAUCCCGGACUUCAUGUAAACAGCACAGUAGAGAGAGAGAGAGAGAGAGAGAGAGAGAGAGAGAGAGAGGUUCUUAAGGAUAUGUUCUUGAAUCAAGAUCUAGGGGUUUCUUUGAAUCUCGGUUCAUGAAUAGCACUGGAAAUCCAAGAAAGAACCAGCUAAAACAGCAAUUUCAGGAAGAACUCGUGAGCUCGGGAUUCUAUUUCUGACUUCCUCUUUCAGAAUGUUGCGGGACUUCAAGUUCUUGCGGCGGAAUUCGGCCGGAAAGAAUUCGAACUCAGAGGAGAUCGAGAAUGUGCCCUUAAACCCUAGCAACUCGUUGGCCACUCAGACCAGCACCGACUCAACUAGGGCCCCAUUGAACGCAAUUCAAGAACCCAUCCAGAACCAUAAGACUGUUGCCAAACAAGAAUUGGGGGUUAGGAGUGGCAAGAUUGAUAGAACGCCCACCAAGUCCAAAGGUAAAGUUUCUGAUAAUGCACUGAUUCGCACACCGGAAAAGCCUGGGUUUUCAGCCAAGAAUCGAUUUGGGUUUUCAGCCAAGAAUGAAUCUGGUUGGGCUGCCACUGAAUCACGUGAUGAUGACCGCAGUGAUGUAAAAGGGUCUGGAAUUGGGGGUUUUGCAAAUUUGGCUACUCCUAGGUCCACUAGGACAUUGGGUAGAGCAGUUACAAGUCAUUCUGAAUGCAAUUCCACACAAAGUACUCCGACUAAGAGUGUUUCUAAGCCUCCAAAUCCGGGAUUUUUCCUGGCCAGUGGUUCUCGGCCUCCUGUAAAUGGUGGGGUUCGUAUUGGGAACUAUGCUGCAUUGUCUAAAGGGCUUCCAAUUUCUUGUAGUUCAAUCCCUAUUGUUAAUUCUGUUGAGGUGCCACAUUUUGAUCUUAAAGAAGAUCCAGCAUUCUGGAUGGAGCAUAAUGUACAGGUUUUGAUACGUAUUCGACCUCUCAAUAGCAUGGAGAAAAGUACGCACGGUUAUAAUAGGUGUUUGAAACAAGAGAGUGCACAAUGCAUCACUUGGAUUGGGCAACCAGAAACUAGAUUUACAUUUGACCAUAUAGCAUGUGAAACAGUAGAUCAGGGAACACUUUUUAGGAUGGUGGGUCUACCAAUGGUUGAGAAUUGCUUAUCUGGAUACAACAGCUGUAUAUUUGCCUAUGGCCAGACUGGAAGUGGGAAGACCUAUACAAUGCUUGGUGAGAUUAAAGAAUUAGAAGUCAAGCCCAGUGCAAAUCGUGGAAUGACACCGAGGAUAUUUGAAUUCUUGUUUGCAAGAAUCAGAGCUGAAGAGGAAAGCCGAAGAGAUGAGAGAUUAAAAUACAGUUGCAAGUGCUCUUUCUUAGAGAUCUACAAUGAACAAAUCAGUGAUCUCCUUGAUCCUUCAUCUACGAAUUUGCUAUUACGGGAGGAUACCAAGAAGGGUGUGUAUGUUGAAAAUCUCUCAGAAUUUGAAGUGCAGACCGUGGGUGAUAUUCUUAAGCUUCUGCAUGAGGGUUCUUUGAACAGGAAAGUUGCUGCAACUAAUAUGAAUAGAGAGAGCAGUCGUUCCCAUAGUGUCUUCACAUGCAUUAUUGAGAGUAGAUGGGAAAAAGAUGCGACGUCUAACUUACGGUUUGCAAGGUUAAAUCUUGUUGAUCUUGCUGGCUCAGAAAGGCAAAAAAGUUCUGGUGCUGAAGGUGAACGUUUAAAGGAGGCUGCCAACAUAAACAAAUCAUUAUCCACACUGGGUCAUGUGAUAAUGGUGCUGAUAGACUUAGCACAUGGAAAGCCAAAACAUGUUCCAUACAGAGAUUCUAGGCUUACCUUUCUUCUUCAGGACUCACUGGGUGGGAACUCCAAAACAAUGAUAAUAGCUAACGUCAGUCCUUCUAUCUGGUGUGCUGCAGAAACACUGAAUACUUUAAAGUUUGCUCAGCGAGCAAAACUUAUUCCUAACAAUGCCAUUGUGAAUGAAGAUUCUUCAGGAGAUGUUAUUGCACUACAGCACCAGAUACGACUGUUAAAAGAGGAGCUUGCUGUGCUCAGACGUCAGAAUGUAUCCAGGUCUCUAUCAUUUGGUCCAACAACAAUGGGAGAUGUAACUAAACAAGAACCUGAAAGUUCUUGCGACCAAAGAACAUUUGAAAUGGAUCAACAACAGAGUGAUCUGACUGGAAGUGAACCUCCUAAGGGCAUUCUUAGAUUGUCUUCUAAACAGCUGAAAUCAUUGGAGACUACACUCGCUGGCGCCUUGAGAAGAGAACAGAUGGCUGAAAGUUCUAUCAAGCAACUUGAGGCUGAAAUUGAACAGCUGAAUCGCUUGGUUCGGCAGAGGGAGGAGGACACUAGGUGCACAAAAAUGAUGCUGAAGUUUCGGGAGGACAAAAUUCAACGAAUGGAGUCACUUGUGGGUGGCUUGCUAUCUGCAGAUACUUAUUUAUUGGAAGAGAACAGUGCACUGUCUGAAGAGAUUCAGCUCCUUCAAGCUAAAAUUGACAAAAACCCAGAAGUGACUCGCUUUGCUUUGGAGAAUAUUAGGCUUUUGGAACAAGUUAGACGAUAUCAAGAUUUCUAUGAAGAAGGAGAGAGAGAAAUGCUUAUUACUGAAGUAUCUGAACUCCGCAAUCAGUUGGUUCAUUUUCUUGAUGGGAACCCAAAGCCAUAUAAUCAUCCAAAAAUGGAUCUGGCACAUCAGGAAGAAGCUCUACAUAUCAGGAAAGAGAAUGAUUCACUCCACUUGGAGUUGAAUAAGACUCUCAAUGAAUUAGAAGAGUGCAGGAAUAACCUAAACUCUUGCUUAGAGAAAAAUGCACAGCUCAGCAGAGAAAUUGAGGAUCUAAAUGCUUCACUCAACAACUUGAAAUAUGAGACCCAUGAUCAUGAUUGCAGUAUUGAAAUCAUAAAGGAGUCCAUAGUGGAAGCUCCAUCUUCAGGUGAUCAAUCAUAUGGGACAGUUCAAGAAAGCAGACAGAUGAAGCAUGAACCUUUGAUACACUCAGAAGUCAUGGACCUGCAACUGGAGGUGGAUAUUCUAAAAAUCAUCCUGAAAGAAGAGAGAUUAUCUUGUGCUGAAAUACAGGAGAGGGAACAGUGCCUGAAUAGAGAUCUUGAGUUGACAAGUGACAAGCUUUUGCUAAUAACCAAACAGUAUGAAGAUGUCAACGAAGAACUCAAGGAAGCAAAAUCUGUCAUUGAAGCUCUUGAAUCUCAACAAAUUCUGUCAAUCAAUGAAAUGGAAGAUCUAAGGAAUAGUAACAACAAUUAUGCAGACCGUUUAAGUAGACAGGAGCUUGAAAUUUCCACUUUAAAGGAGCAAAUAUUUUGUCAAGAAUUAAGAGAUCACCCAUCCUCUGAAAAUUCAGAAACUGCUGAUUCUCCAUUAAAAACAAAGUUAAAGAAGAUGCAACAUUCCCUUGAGAAGGCCAAGAAGCUGAAUAUGUGGUACCAAAGUGAUCGUUCACUUCAGGUGAUUAAUGAAGAAGAAAUGGACGAAGUUCGUAGGCAAGUUGAGGCCGAAACUGCUGAGGUGAUAGUUUGCUUGCAGGAUGAACUUGCCAUUCUUCAGCAGCAAAUCCAAGAAAGUAAUUUAAAAGAGACAGAGUCAGAACAGAAGUUGGUGCUUAUACAAACUGAAAUGAAAGAGCUUCAAGAAAAAGUGCAUCUAUUGACCCAUGAUAACAAAAAAUUAUGCCAAGAUCUAGAAGAGAGAGGCAAUGAAUUAAGAACUUUAUCUGAAGAAUGGGAGUUAUUGACAGGUGAGAUUGAAGUUGUCCUCGCUGAUGGACAUGAGGCACUCAAAGAUGCAUCAGAUCAGCUCCAGUUCAUUUCUGGGUCAUUAACUCAGAAAAGAAGUUUGAUCUUUGAUCAAGUUGGGAGGAUCAGAAAAAUCAUCUCUGAGAAGGAGCUGUUAAUUCAGGAACUCAAUCACUGUUUAGAGGAUGCCGACAACAGAAGAAGUGACUUGGAGUCCAUGAUAAGGUCUUUGAGAGGGGCAACCCUCAUAAUAACUGAAGCACACCAACAAGAAUGCAGUGAGAGGGAGAAAGAAAUCCUCCUGUUGACCUCUCAGUCGGACUCAAAAAGUUCUACCAUAGCCGAGCUGGAAAACAGAAUCAGGAAGGCAGAGGAGCAAAUUCAAAAGGCAUCAACAUCUGCAACAGUUGCUUUUGUAGUUGUGAACAGGUUGUCUGAGGUAAAUUCUACUCAUCUUGAUGUAAUAAAGCAAAAGGAUGCUUCUCUACAAAAUCAGGCUGCUGAAAUCAAUGAAGCACACAGAAAGAUUCAGUCUCUUAGUAGGGAGCUGGAUGUGUCAGAGGAAAAUUGCGGUAAACUAAGAAUGCAGCUGUCUAUUGAGAGGGAACAUGCUUGUGCUAUGGAACAGAAGCUUGAAGAAAUUCAAGAAAAUGACAUUUUGAAAGCAAGCGAGAAACUUAGUGAGCUAAGAUCUGGUGUUUCAACUCUUAAGUUAAGCAUGAACGAGUAUUCAGACCAGGUUCAGGGUUCCAAUAAAGUUAAUGCCCCCAGAGCUUGUGUUCCUAUGUCCGAUGAUGUGAGAAGUGAAGCACGGACAGGCAGUGAAUUGAAUCAACAUGAAGACAACAUAGACCGGUCGUAUACUGUUGAUUAUGUGAAAACUGAGAAUCCAGUUUGUUCAUUCAAGACAAGCAAGAAUCUGCUGGGAUAUUUGUGUGAUCAGCAAAACUUUUCUUCUCAAAGAGUUCAUACAGAUCUAAGCAAUCGAGAUGCUACCAUUAUUCUUCUGAAAAAUGAAAUCGAGUCUGCCCUUGACAGCUUAAAAGGAGUGCAUGCAGAGAUGGCCAGGCUGCGCAGUGAGAAAGAAGAGGUCAGGACGUCUGAAAAACAAAAUCAAGAGAGCACUAGAUGUGUUCUGAGUCAGGUGCUCUCACUACAAGAAGCUAUGAGUAACUUUGAGAAGCAAUGUGGACUGAAAAUGGCAUCUUUAGAUCAGAAGCUGCAAACAGUUGAAGAAAUUGUCCAAGAAGUUGACUGUUGCUGGCAUCAGGAAAAAGUGUUACUCGAAUCUGAACUUGGUGAUGCAAAAGUAGUUGCAGCCCAAAAAACUGCUGAAGCUUCUUGCAUUCUGGCUAAAUUUGAGGAGGCACAAGAUACUAUGAAAGAAGCAGAUAUUAUGAUAAAUGAACUGUUGAUAACCAAUGAAACCUUGAAGCUUAAGAUUGAGGAGCUGAAGAAAAUGGAGGUUACUUUAAUUAACAAGCAGGAUGUCCUAGUCGAAGAGGUGCAGAGAUUGCAAUCUACCAACAGUCUCUCCAAAUUGAAUUUUGAAAACCUUGAAAAACAGUUUAGUUCAGAUUUGUCAGAAAUGGAAAGGAUUGUCCUAGAUCUGGAGGGUAUAGUUGCUGAGGUCCAGACAACUACUAUGGAAGAUUUUAUGUCUACAGUGGGUGACUUCAUGUUCAUGAAUUCUCAACUUCAAGACUCAAUGAAGUUGAUGCAUUCAUGGAAUGAAGUCAUCUGGUCUGAAAUUAUAGUAAAAGAUUGUGCUGUCUCUGUCUUACACCUUUGUCAUAUUGGAUUACUGUUGGAAACAGUAACUGGACUGAAUGCGGAAAAUGGUUUGCUUCAUAAUGGGCUGUCAGACUCGAACUCUGUUAUCUCUGAGUUGAGGGAGUACAAUUUGAGGUCAACAAGAGAACUUGAAAUGUGUAGAGUCCUAAAGGGAAAAUUGUUGUCUGACAUCAAGAGUGGUUUUGAUCGUAUCUCAAGCAAAGAAAAAGAAACUGGUGAACUCCAAGACAAGCUUGCCAGUUUUGAGAGGAAAAUAUUGGAUCUACAGUUGCAAGAGGAAUUAAUGUUGCAGAGGUCUAAUCACUUUGGUUCUGAGCUUGUGAUAUUAAUCAAGGAACUAAACCUGAGUAACAGGGAUAUGUUGGCAUCUUUACUGGGCCAAGAAAAAUUGCUAAAGGAUCGAGAAGAAGUCUUCAAAACUCAGGAGGACAAUUUCAUGAUGGACGUGUCUGCAAAAAACUUUGAGUUGCUUAUCCUGUCAUCCAAGUUUGAAGAGAUGGCUCUCCAAAGUGCCAAUGCGGAAAAAGAGAAGGUAAACUUUUCUACAGUUAUUGAGAAUUUCAAGAAGGAGAUUAUUUUUCUCAUGUUAGAUGCAGAACUGAAAGAAAGGAUUUUGCUGGAUAACGAAGCCAAGAUUGGUCGAUUGGAGAAAGAAAUUGAAGUAUCCAAAAGGGAGAGGCAGGAUAUAUUAUCAGACUUAAGUGAGAGAAAUUUUACAAUUGCUGAGAUGGGUAAAUCAAUUGAGGCUUUUGAGCAAGAUAUUCAAUUUCUUAAGGAUACUGCUCUGUCAAAUGAUAGUUUGAAAGGUGAACUUAAUGAAGCUACUCAAGAAAAGAUAAGGCUGUUAUCCGAGGUUCAGAAACUUGAAUCUUCAUGUGGAAAGAUACUAGAAGAUAUAAAGGCAAAAGAAACAGCUCUAGAAAUUUCUUCUAACCAUAUUUCUGCUCUUGAUCAACAGAACAAGUUGCUGCAAGAUAACAUUUUCUUGCUGGAAACAUCAUCACAAAAACUUAAAAAUGAAUUGAAGAUGAAAGAUGAGGAGGUGACAAAAAUGAAUUGCCUUGCAGAGGAAAACACAUCACUAGAAGAUGAAUUAAGGACCUUGAAGAAAGAAUAUUGUUCUGUUCUUCAGGGUUUGGAGGAGAAGAAAUCUGAACUUGCAUCAUGUUUGUGCCAAAUUAAUUCCCUUGACAAGGAGAACCACAGAAUGCUAGAAAAAAUUUCUUUCUUGGAGACAAAGAUAACCAAUUUACAGACUGCUUCCAGUUUGGCAAAUGCUGAACUGAAUGAACUCAAACUUUCUCAAUCAGUUGUCAAGGGUGAUUUAUGCUCGAAAAGCCAGGAUUUGCAAAUCUAUAUUAACAAAGUUAAUGCUCUGAAGGAGGAGAACAUUUCCUUAAAGAAUGAACUCCAAUUUCAACAGAAGGAAAGGUUUAAGUUCCUCACUACAUCGAGUUUUACCAUGGUGCAGAGUUUUGAAGCAGUGGAAAAUGUAAACAUGGUGGGUAGCAGGAUAUUUGAUGUACUAAAUGAAGGGAGUGAUGCACUAGAGAGGAUGUUUUUAGAUAUAUGCAAAAAAUUGGAAAUCACAUCUAAGUUCGUGGAAGAGGCUGAGUGCUUGGAGAAUUUGGCUGGAGAGCUUAUGACUGAAAAUUUCUCUCUUCAGACUGAGUUGUCAAGGAAGGAUGAGGUUCUAAAUGGAAUGCUAUUUGAUCUCAGAUUGUUGCAAGAGUCUGCAUCUAACACCAAGGACCAGAGAGAUGAAAUUGAAGAACUGGUAGUUUCUUUGGAGGCUUCAGAAGGAGAACUUGCAUUGAGAACAAGUGAACUGGAUAAAGCUAUUGCUAACGUCCAAAUGCUUGAAGCUCAAUUGCAGGAGAAGAUAGGCAUUAUCUUUUCCCUUCAGCUUGAUAUCUCAAAACUAAAUGAGUCUGUAAAAACAAUUUCUACCAAAAACCUUGAGCUGACUGCCAAUAUCAAAGAUGCUGUAGAGUCAAAAAGGUCCAUUGAAGAAGAGUUAUCAGAAAGAAGGAAGGUAAAUCAGACUCUAGAAAUGGAACUUCUCGAAGUGGGUAUCUCUCUUGGAGAGAUGAAUAAUUCAAUUGAGUCCUUGAAGAGUGAUUUGGAUGCCAUUACCAGUGAGAGGAAUGACCUUCACACAGAAGUUCAGUUCUUGAAGAAAAAGGCAGAGAUGGCAGAAGCUCUGGCUGAUGAAAAGGAUGCAGUUUUCAUGGAAGCUCAACAGAUUGCUGAAAGCACAAAGCUCUAUGCUGAAGAGAAGGAAGAGGAGGUGAAGCUAUUAGAGAGGUCAGUGGAAGAGCUAGAAUGUACAGUGAAUGUACUGGAAAACAAGGUUGACAUCAUCAAAGGCGAAGCUGAAAGGCAACGAUUGCAGAGAGAGGAGCUAGAAUUGGAGCUUCACUCUGUAAAACAGCAGAUGCUCAAUGUUGAAAGUAGUGAUACUGACAUGAAAAGGCAUCUUGAUGAGAAGGAAAAUAAUCUUCAAGAAGCUGUUCAGCGGAUACAAAUUCUUGAGAAAGAAAUAGCCACCAAGGACGCAGAGAUUGCAAAAUGCAAAGCUCAUAUUGAGGAGCUGAAUUUGCACGCAGAGGCCCAGGCCUCUGAGUAUAAGCAAAAGUUCAAGGCAUUGGAAGCUAUGGCUGAACAAGUCAAACCUGAGGGCCCCUAUGCUCCUGCUGUGGCAAAUGCUUCAGGAACCAAAUUAGAGAAAAAUGGGUCAAAAUCCAGGGGGUCUGGUUCCCCUUUCAAAUGCAUCGGUUUGGGAUUAGUACAACAAAUAAAAUCUGAAAGGGAUGAGGAAUUAACUGCUGGAAGACUCAGGAUUGAAGAGCUUGAAGCCUUAGCUGCUAGUCGACAAAAAGAGAUAUUCAUGCUGAAUGCGAGAUUAGCUGCUGCUGAGAGCAUGACCCAUGAUGUAAUUCGUGACUUGUUGGGACUUAAGCUGGAUAUGACCAAUUAUGCAUCAUUGCUGGAUAAUCAUCAAGUACAAAAGAUAACAGAGAAGGCUCAAGUUUAUAAUGGUCAAGCUCAAGUUAAGGAUCAAGAGGUAAUAAAGCUCAAGCAGCAGCUCAAUGAGUUUAUAGAGGAGAGGAAAGGAUGGCUAGAGGAAAUAGAUAGAAAACAGGCAGAGAUGAUUGCAGCACAAAUUGCCUUGGAAAAAUUUCGUCAGCGAGAUAGGUUACUUACAACUGAAAAGGAAAUGCUUAAGAUGGAGAAUGCUAGUCAUAGGAAGAAGAUCAUGGAACUUGAAACGGAACUAAAGAAGCUCUCUGGCCAGCAAAAUCUCCAUCAACGGAUCCAUCAUCAUGCCAAAAUUAAGGAGGAAAACAAUUUGUUGAAAAGUCAGAAUGAUGAGCUUAGUGUUAAGCUUCGACGAACAGAGGCUAUUCUUACACGUGUCAAGGAGGAGCUUGCUCACUUCCGCAGUACUAAUGGGAGAACCCCCUAUAUCAAUUUUGAUGAGGAGGAAAGGUUGAAAAACAUAUUGAAGGAAAAUGAAGAGGAGAGGUUGCAAUUAGCGCAAAAGUUAGUAGGCUUAUGUACCAGCAUUCUAAAGGCUGCUGGUGUAACAAGGGCAGCAUCUGAUACAGGCGUUUCUGUGGCCGAAGAAGCACUUGAGCAGCUCAAGAACAGAGUUAGUUCACUGGAAAGAGAACUGCAAGACGCCAGAUUUAAGAACCGGCUUACUGAUGAACGAAUUCGACUGUCUGAGCUCAAGCCACAAGCCUCAUCAAUGAGCUCAAGAACAGAUGAGCAUCGUCGACCUUCAGAUAGAGUGUCCCAGGCUCCAUUUCUGUCCACCUUGGAUCGUUAACACUCCAAUAUCCAGUACUGGAAGAGAGUUCCAGAUAAAUCAUAAAUGGUUAGCAUUUUGCUAGCAUCUGGGCUAAUUUGAAUUAGGCUAUUCUUUCGUUCUGCUGUUGUUUAUGAAGAUUUAAAUCGAUUAAUUUGUUGUUUGUCCAUUCUUUCCACAAUAAUUAUAUGUGUAUUCAUAGAAUCUGUUUCAUCUUCAUUUCCCUUCGAUGCCUUGUAAAUGAUAAAGCAUUCAUAUAGGGCCCACAAGGUCCUCCUGAAAUUCACCAUUCAAGCCUCACUGAUUAAUUUGUUGUUCUUUUUAUCAUCUUAUAGUGACAAUAGAGCAGUGUGGGUUCAAGCAAAAGAUUGAUCA